GUAAUGAUAAAGAUGCUAGAAAAAAUGUAAUGGUAAAUAACUAUUGUGAAGGCAAAAGCAAAAUUGAUUAUGAUAAAAAUAUGAUAAAAUUUAAUGUAGGUGAGAGUGAUGAUGUUAAAAUUAUGUUAUCAUCUGACUAUGAAAAAUUUCAUGAAAAUUAUAAAAAAAUGGAUAAUACCACAAAAUGGGCUCUUGACUCUGGAACCAUAAAUAUUUUUACAAAAAGUGAGCUUGAUGAGAUAAAAAAUUAUCAAUCAAAACCACUACCUGAAAUGCCAAUUUCAUUAUUGAAAUAUAUUAAUGGUUUUUGUGUGGAAACCACAUUGGAACUGAGGAAAAAGAUAUUCAAGCAUGAUGAAAUGGAUGAUAACUUCAACAGGAAUAUAGAUUUUGACAAAGAUUGGAUUCGCAAUACAAUGUAUAAUUUGUUAUUAGAAUACGAAGCAGAUAAUUUAACUAAAAGUCACUUAGAACUUUGGUUUCUAGUUCAUGUUUGGAAUUUCAUUGAUAAGACAUUUAAUAAUAUAGAAGGCGUUGAAGCAGUUAGAGGGGAAUCAUCAAGCAUAUCAUCAUCUGCCAGGAAAAAUAGAGAUAGGUGUGUUGCUUCAACAAACAAAUUAUUGAAGAAACUUAUGGGUAGAAGAGGAGAUUUGAUUAUAAGAAGAGUUUCUUCAGAAUUUGGCUGUGCUGAAGCAGGGAAAACAUAUGAAGGAGAAAAUUGUCUAGUGACAAUGCUUCUUUGUUUAGAUUCUCUAGCUGGAUACAUUUGUCGUAUAUCUAGAAGCAGAACAUUGAAUUUUCCAAGAAGCAUCAAAGAAUUUGGUAACAAUACAUUACCCAUUAUAAUUUUAGCAUGGAAAGCCAAGAAAAUAGUUUUAGACAUGAUAAAUCUUAUAGAAAAAAAAGAAACUGAAAUUGAAGAAGAGCAAUUAAAAAAUUUGCAAGAAUCUUGUGAAGCAUUACCA